UUGCCCCUGGUAAAGAAGAACGACGUCGCUAGAUGGCGAUAGCAUCGGAAGUCGCUGUUGCGCUUGGCAGGUCGGCCGAUACGAAUUGUCAGUACGUGUACGGCGAUAAGGUCAUUCGCAGUCAUUCGGUUUAUUGCCGCGGAUCGUAGAGGCGGUUAGGAUUAAGAAGCGUGAACGGGAGCUCGCGUGCACUCCUCGGAGGGACCACAGGGUGGACGGUACACGAUCGAAGGCAAUCGUGAUUCGGUUACGUGGAAUAUGAUAACGUGUAAAAACAGUGUGCGGUGAUAAGGCUUGUUUCCCAAGAGAGAUGCAUUGAGAGCAACACAAGCGGUACACGGUAUACUCCGUUAUUUUUCCUGUCAAAGCGAGGCAAGGGAAAAUACUGUUCGUUGUUCCUCGUUGAAUAGCUGGUGCGCUUGUCUGCUCUCGGUUUUCCACUUUGAGUGACGUCGCGCAGAACAGCCGAGGGAGACAAGCAUGUGAUACGCUCUUCAGAGUUCGAAGACACCGUGGGGGAUACCUCUGUCACCCCUAGUGUUUUCUCGACCGUUACCCAAGGCCACGUGGACCACGUUGGGAGCCUGGAAAAAAUAUGUGCCAGCAUGUCCGAAGCGGGCGCGCAGGAAGCAGCGAGCGAGGAGAUCGACAGACAAGCGUCGGUUUACGUGUUCCCAGGAUCUGGUCGUCAGCAUGCCCCGUCGUCGACGUCCCCGCAAACGACCAUCGCCUCCGUUUCCGACGUUACGACGGCCACAGCGACCACGACGACCACCGUGUUCGCGAAAGGCGAGGACGACGACGACGAGGCGUCCUCGCGAACAAGAAGAUGGCCUUAUCCUCGAACGCACGCCAGGUCAGCCAGCCAUGGCGGGGUGUUGGCUGUGUCGUUGACGACCACAGGGUUGCAGACCACCGCAGGCUCCUAUCUGGGACCUCUGUCCGCGAUAGGGCCAGCGAGGCCCUCGGUCUUGAAGAAGCCUGGACACCAAAGGGCGUUCAGUCAAGGUCAAGUGGUCGACGUUCAAGGACACUCGGUGACGGGGCACAGCCGCGUCGGUUCCAGGACGGAUUUCAUCCUUCCACCCGGUCACAGGGAGGAGCCCAGACCGUCCAUCGUUGGAAAGCCACCCUCCCAACGAGGCCACUCGCGCCAGGCGUCGAGAUCGGAGUCGAUAUACACGAUAAGACGUAGCGCAGAGCCCCCUUGGUGGAGGAGACUCUGGGCGCGAUGCUUUGGACCGUUACCAGAGGAGCCUCGUUUAAGGACAAUAGUACCAAAUCACUUAGUACCGCCGAAAACACCGCCGAGUCAGCAUCCCAAUGGAAAUAGAGUAAACAAUAGAGUACGAACAACAAAGUACACAGUGCUGACCUUCCUACCUCGCAACCUCCUCGAGCAAUUUCACCGGGUGGCCAAUAUAUAUUUUAUAUUUAUCGUACUGCUUAAUUGGGUGCCAGCCAUAAACGCUUUCGGCAAAGAGGUGGCCAUGAUACCCGUGAUCUUCGUACUGGGCGUAACCGCUGUGAAGGAUUACUUCGAGGAUCGUCGACGACUCAGCAGCGACCGACGUGUCAAUAAUUCCACCUGUCGCGUCUACGUCGGAGAGGACGACAGGUAUGCAAAGGUAGCGUGGAAAGACUUGAAGGUCGGUGACCUGGUUCACCUCUCCAACAACGAACUGGUACCAGCCGACGUGCUGCUCUUGCGGAGCAGCGAUCCCCGUGGCGUGGCUUAUAUCGACACGUGUAACCUAGACGGAGAAACUAAUUUGAAGCAACGACAAGUCGCCAGAGGUUUCGUCGAUCUACAGGACACCUUCCAGCCCGCCAAAUUCCGAUCCGUGAUCGAGGUCGACCAACCCAGCACUAGGAUUUACAGGUUUCACGGGGCAGUGGUUCAUCCAAAUGGGGGAAGAGUGCCCGUUUCCACGGAAAACCUUUUACUCAGGGAGUGUUUGUUGAAAAACACCGACUUCGUGGAGGGCAUAGUGAUAUACGCCGGGCACGAGACGAAAGCGAUGCUGAAUAACGGCGGACCUAGGUACAAGCGUUCCCGCCUGGAGAAACAGAUGAACAGGGACGUGAUAUGGUGCGUGGUGAUCCUGGUGGUGUUGUGCGUGAUCGGCGCGACCGGUUGUCGCCUGUGGCUCUCCGACUACUCGGGUCUGACGUUCGUCCCGUUCAUCCCGGUCCUUCAGGACCCGAGUUACGAGAGCAUGCUGACGUUCUGGACGUUCGUGAUCAUUCUUCAAGUGAUGAUACCGCUUAGCUUGUACGUCACCAUAGAAAUGGCGAAAGUGGGACAGGUUUAUCACAUCGGGCACGAUAUCGGUCUCUACGACGCGGAUACGGGUCGGCCAGCCGAAUGUCGUGCGCUCAAUAUCACCGAGGAAUUGGGUCAGGUGCAGUACAUAUUCUCGGAUAAAACAGGGACACUCACGGAAAACAAAAUGCUGUUUAGACGAUGCGCGGUGGGCGGGCAGGAUUACUCGCACACCGGCGACGACGACGAACAUUUGGUACCUUCCUCGAGACUGAAGGAAGACCUCCUCAUAGGUACAUUUAGACAACACCUACAAGAAUUCCUAGUUGUGUUAGCGAUAUGUAAUACUGUUGUGGUCAAUUCUCAACCCCAUUACGACACCAUGAACUCCAGCGGUGUGAUCGAAGAGCCUCAGAAGAACGGCGACGAGACUGGAAGGUAUACAAGAAUGAUAGAGAGCAGGAGUUUGACUCCUUCGCCGGUCAUUCCUCUGACUACCUUUUCCCAUCCAACAAACAGUCCCGAUGAGAACGUGUCUUCGAUAUCUUCCAUGGUGGAAAUGGAGUCUGUACUCAAUAACACCUCGAAGUUGUCCAACAAAUUUCCCAGACCAAAAUUCCUGAACGUCACUUCGAUACCGAGCCUAGGAAUGGGCCUGCUGGGAAGGAAAUGGUCUCCGAAUGGAGCACACAGAAGACGCAGUCCGCUCAGUCCCGUUAUCGAUGCCAGCGGGAAGAACGGAGACGAAUUGUUACCUACGCCUGCGAUUUACGAAGCGGAAAGCCCGGACGAACUCGCGUUGGUGAACGCGGCUCGCAUCUACGACGUGAAACUUCUUAAACGAACGGCCCGUACCGCGAUCGUGUGUCUGCCGGAUAAAUCUAUCAUUACUUUCGAAAUUCUCCAUGUUUUGCCGUUCGACUCUAACAGAAAGUGUAUGUCCAUAUUGGUGCGUCAUCCUCUUACGAAGGAGGUGGUGUUGUACAGCAAAGGUGCCGAUAGCACUAUAUUGUCAUCGCUAACUUCUCAGGAAGAAAACUCCGUAACGACGAUAAAAGUUCGUCAGCAUCUGCAAUCGUACGCUCGUCAAGGCCUUCGAACAUUGUUAAUGGCUAAGAAGUCCCUGACUGCGCAGGAAUACGAGGCUUGGAGACAAACGCAUGCGGAGGCCGAACUCGCAAUGGAGAACCGCGAGCGUCGUAUCAAGGACUCGUACGCGAACCUCGAGUCCCAUUUGACGCUUCUGGGCGCAACUGGGAUCGAGGACAAACUCCAAGCUGGCGUACCCGAGACCAUGGCUACCCUGGUGGCUGCAGGAAUCGUCAUUUGGGUUCUAACAGGGGACAAGCCAGAAACCGCCGUGAACAUUGCAUACUCGGCGCGUCUCUUUUCGCCCGCGAUGAAGUUACUAUGGCUGCAAGCAAGGUCCAAGACCGUCGCUGAGAGCUUGAUCCUCGGCUAUCUGGAGUCUGCGCAAAAAGAAAGCAUAGUUCAUGGUAACGAACGGGGAGGACUCGACAGUAUCAGGGACUUUGGAGUGUUUAAUCGAGAUCCAGCAGAGAACGAUGCCCACAGGGUAGACAGUCCAUGGCCAAAGCAACGGGCGCUCGUUGUUGACGGGAAAACUUUGACCGUUAUCCUUGAUCCGCGAUCAGGAUUGACCCGGCCGUUUCUUGAAUUAACGAAGAUGUGUUCCAGCGUGCUGGCUUGCCGGGCUACGCCUCUUCAGAAGGCAUACAUAGUGCGUAUAGUGAAGGAACAAUUGGGAAUGAGAACACUAGCGAUCGGCGAUGGUGCGAACGAUGUUAGCAUGAUACAGACAGCGGAUGUUGGGGUCGGUAUCUCGGGACACGAAGGUACACAAGCCGUCAUGGCCGCAGACUUUGCCAUUACACGAUUCUCGAUGCUUAGCAGGCUUCUGCUGAUGCACGGCCAUUGGUGUUACGAUCGUUUGUCUAGGAUGAUCUUGUACUUCUUUUACAAGAACGCCACCUUCGUCUUCCUCGUGUUUUGGUUUCAGCUGUACUGCGGUUUUACUGGAACAGUUAUGAUGGAUCAGAUUUACUUAAUGUUGUACAACCUCAUGUUCACGUCAAUGCCGCCGCUGGUAUUAGGGGUAUACGAUCGAGUAGCCUCGCCUGGUGUUCUGCUGUCCAUGCCCCAACUCUACAAACGGGGACGCCUUGGACUUAUCUAUCAACCGCAUUCGUUUUGGCUGACGAUCUCUGAUGCAUUGUAUCAAAGUAUCGUUAUCUUUUUCAUAAAUCAGUGUGUAUACUAUGACACGACUAUUGACUUAUGGGAAUUCGGGACCACCGUGAUGACAUGUUGCAUCGUUGUUAUGCUGGGCCACGUUGCCAUAGAGACGCGAUCUUGGACCAUAAUUCACGUCUUUGCCAUACUGGGGUCGUUAUUCGUAUUUUUCGGCUUCUGUUUAAUUUACAAUGUGGUGUGCGUUAAUUGUAUGGGUCUACUCUGCUCAUACUGGGUUAUGGAAACGGCUGUAGUGAGGCACACCUACUGGCUUACAGUUAUACUUACCUGUGUUCUGGCAUUGUUACCUAGGUUACUGUACAAAACCAUACAAACUACCCUAUCUCCAGAUCUCACGCAAAGUGCCACGUUUAAGGUAGCAUCGAAAAGCGGAAGCCAUCGACAACGAAUCGCCGAGAGAAGCGGGAAUAAUUUCAUCGCUGGAUGGUCGCGUUCAACCCAGCAUGCUACCAUAAGAACUGGAACUAAAAAUGAUACGAUGACAACAAUCGUUGCAUGACAUAACCUAAUAUGUCGAUCGAGACUGUCGGCACGCUGUAGCAGAACAAUUGAAACUGUUAAGAUUGCUUCGUUAAAGUGGCCGAGAAAAAAAGCAAAGUCCAUUGCCGCAUUUCAACCUUUACUGUUCCUAAGGAUCGAAGAAGUAUUGUUAGGGGAUCUAAGUUAAUCCUAAUGUGCAUUUUCAGUUUCAAUCGAGAAAUUCUUGACUUUAUUGAAACCGCGCUGUUCGUUGCGAUGAUCGUCUAUUCGUAUCGAUUAGUGUUUUCUAGUUGAAUCGAGUGGCCUUACAUUUCAGACUGCUGUUCGUUGCAUUUGAUGGCUGUGACUUUUAGGGACCAAGACUGUUAGUCCAAUAGUAACGUCGAUACCCAUCGACGGCUCGAGUGAAAUAAUGCAUACGGGAUUUUUCGGGUCCGUGUACACGCACGACGAAUUAAUUAAAAAAAUAAUUCGGGUCGUAAUUAUCGUCUUAGAAGUAAGCACCAGAAAACGCAUAUUGUAAAAAGAUACAUGAAGUGUAUAUUGUCACGUAUGAAGUUCAUGUUGUAUAAAUUAUAUAUCUACAUUAUUAUAACACAGCGAGUGUUAUACAUAUACAUACUUUUCACGCUCGCGACUGUAUUAUUAUUGUAAUUUUGAAAAUGUACGCGCAUACGUGCAGUCUAUCAGCAUAGAGGAACUAUCAAACAUAUAUAUGUAUAUUGAACGUUAUCGAUGACGCAUUGCACGCGUUGACAUAGUAUUUUGAUAUACAAUUGAUAGCGAUUGCGUGCAUGUAGCCAUGUCAAUAAAAUCGAGUGUUCUUUAA